AUGUCUUCUACGCUCACUAUGGUCGAGCUAGAUAACAUUGGCGCACAUUUGAAACCUUGCGCCCGGAAUUCUUCGCGUUCGCAUUCCCUAGGGCAGGUAUACGAACCGCUAGCCUUUGGCCAGCCGGCUAUUGGAAGACCAUAUAUGGGACCGCAAGAGCGCCCAAUGCCUAGACUUAAUACCAAUGGUAUUUGUAAUGGCGCAUAUGAUAGGGAGCAGCUUGUUCGCAAACUCUCUGUCGACCAAGAAUCAGUCGCAGAUUCAACCGCGACUCUAGAUUUAGGUUACCACGCCAUGGACCAGCGGCCACGGCAUGAAAAGCACUUCUCGACAUCAACAGGCCAUCAGAAAUUUGACCAGCGAUCUCUCAGUACCCUCUCUGUGGACCAACAGUCUGUCGGAAGCCAAUCGCUAGGUCACCAUUCUAUAAGUGGGCCACCGGGUGGCUAUCUCGCAUCACUUACUUCAUUUACCCGUGGUCUACACUCGUCUGCCUCGAACAGAUCGCUACAAGGCAACUUUGUUACCACUGAACUCCCGGUUCUUCAGCAGACGCAUCAUAACGAGGGUUUUGAACAAUUUAACUCUGCCACUGAAGAAAAUGAGGAAGCUUCUUUUGAUCUGGUUGCUCCAUACAAGGGCGAUAUUGCACCAGAGCGUACCCUAGAGCAACAGGCAGACCUCAUGUUCUGUUCGGACCAUAUGCUAGCGAUUCUGAGCAAUCAACGUUACCUCGCGCGCUUUCGCGAGUUCCUCGCCCAGGAGCGUCCUGGUUCAUUUUCUACCCUGACGUAUUAUCUGAAUGCUUCCAAGGCUCUCAAAGCAAUUCAAUAUGCGAAUGCACUCGUGCGUCUGGCUGUUGAUGUACCUACAUCCGGCAUUCAAACAGCAGAGCACCCCGUAGGUCCGGCUACAAAUAUUGCCCUUGAACAGCGCGUACAGGCAGCGCUGGACGCUCUGACUGCCGAGGAAUUACCUGCUUUUAUUGCUUCUACCUGUAUCUCUAUCACCGCCAAAGUGGUUGAGGAGCGUGUAUGCGGCACCUUGCGGGAUGAGUCCAAGGGAACGGCGGAUGCACUGGGUGAGGUGUUCUGUCUUACCGAUCCAUCACGGCCAGAUAACCCUAUUAUUUUUGCUUCGGGUGAAUUCCACCGUACCACACAAUAUGACAUGGACUACGUCCUAGGACAGAACUGUCGAUUCUUACAAGGAUCAAAGACAAAUCCCAAUAGUGUUCAACGAAUCCGAGAAGCACUUAAAGCCGGGAGACACCACUCCGAGCUUUUCCUAAACUACCGACGGGAUGGUUCACCGUUCAUGAACCUCCUCCAAAUUGCUCCGCUAUGCGAUAGCCGCGGUAAAAUCUGCUACUUCCUCGGCGCUCAAAUCGACGUCUCUGGUCUCAUAAUGGAAGGCGCUCAAAUGGAAUCCUUCCGAAACCUACAAACACAAAAGGAGAAAAUAGGGACGGGCGGCCAAAUAAUCAAAGAAUCAAAAAGCGAGUUCCAAGAACUGAGUGAACUGCUCAGUCCACGCGAGCUACAGAACGUACGCGAGCACGGCGGAAACCUCUUCCAACCGAUCAUCAAUGCACAUCCGAACCACCGUUUAUUCCUUCAAGACUCGGACACCGAGAGCGAGAUCUACUCUCCACCCCAGGAGUCACAGAACCCCACACCCAGCCCAGCUCCGAGUCUAUCCUUGACCGGUGUCUACAAAAAGUACCUCCUGGUCCGUCCCUACCCGUCUUUCCGAAUCAUCUUCACUUCCCCCUCCCUCCAAAUCCCAGGCAUGCUCCAAUCCUCAUUCUUAAACCGCAUCGGCGAGACCGGUGCAAAGCGAGAUAAUAUAGUCAACGCCAUGAUCGCUGGGAGAAGCGUCACAGCACGUAUUAAGUGGAUGACCAAAUUCACUAACCAUGGCCGUCAUCGAUGGAUACACUGUACCCCGUUGCUAGCGAAUAAUGGUCUGAUCGGUGUCUGGAUGGUUGUUGUUAUUGAUGAUGAUGACGAAAGUUCGGUUAGGUGGCAGGGUAAUUGGCCGACUGUUAUUAGAUAA